CCUACUUAAUUGAAAAUAACCAGCAAAUGCUACCAUCAAUUCAUUCAGUAAAUAAAAUCAUCAUAUAUGAUGGCCUUCUCCUUGAUCUCCUCCUCCAUCUUCAUUUGUAUCCCAACAUUGCUACUUCUAAUCCCAUCCAUUACUAUUAUUAUUGUUAAUGCACAGUCAUCCUCCGAAACUUAUAUUGUCAACAUGGAUUCAUCCGCCAAGCCCAGAGAGUUUGAAACCCAUCAUGACUGGUUCAUGGCCACACUAUCCUCUGUAGUGGUAGUGUCAUCACACCCGCACGAAGAUAACUCCAUCUCCGAAAAACACUUGUAUUCCUACGAUAAGGCCAUCACUGGUUUCAGUGCGGUUCUUUCCCUCUCCGAGCUUGAAGCCCUCCGGGCUUCGCCGGGCUAUCUUUCCUCCACCAAAGACAGACCGGUGAAGCUUGACACCACCCACUCCUACCAGUUCCUCGGCCUCAACUCCGUCCCGGGUCGCGCCUGGGAACGGUCCCGGUACGGGGAAGACGUGAUCAUCGGGCUGGUCGACACCGGGAUUUGGCCCGAGAGCGAGAGCUUCAGAGACGACCGCGGGAUGGGCGAGGUCCCGAAGAGGUGGAGAGGCGAGUGCGAGCGCGGGACCCGCUUCGACCCUUCCAUGUGCAACAAGAAGCUCAUCGGAGCCCGCUACUUCAACAGGGGGCUCCUUGCGGCGAACCGCACCCUCAGGAUCCGCACGAACUCUGCCCGCGAUACGGAUGGACACGGGACCCACACCUCCUCCACGGCCGCCGGCGGCAUGGUGCGGAACGCGUCGUUUUUCGGGUAUGCCGAGGGAACGGCGUCGGGGGUGGCGCCCAGAGCUAGGGUCGCCAUGUACAAGGCCCUGUGGGAGGAAGGCUCGAUGGCGUCUGAUAUUUUGGCCGCCAUUGAUCGGGCUCUGAUGGACGGCGUGGAUGUGCUGUCAUUGUCGUUGGGCUUAGACGGCCUGUCCCUCUAUGAAGACCCCAUAGCGAUCGCAACAUUCGCUGCAACGGAUCAGAACGUGUUCGUGUCCACUUCUGCGGGCAAUGAUGGGCCGUCCUUGUCCACUCUCCACAACGGGACUCCGUGGGUUCUCACGGUUGCCUCCGGCACGGUGGACCGUCAGUUUCUCGCGACGGUUACCAUGGGCAACGGAGUUUCUGUCACUGGGUUAUCACUUUACCCCAACUCGACGACGACGACGAUGCCACUAGUUUACCUCGGACGAUGCAUGCCGCCGCCGCAUAAAACGAAACUGUCCUCUCAUAAUCGAACCCAUCAACAUCAUCAUAACGUGUCCAGCAGCAGCAAGAUAGUGGUGUGUCUUGACAAGAAGGGCAAGUCCCUCAGCCGACAAACGGAAUAUAUCUAUGAGAAAUACAAAAAGGGACGUUUUAACGAAGAGACAACUGCGGUUUUCGUAACAAACGAGACGGACUGGGUAUUCUUCCCCACUGAGUAUAGGUCUGUGUUCUUGACACCGGAACAAGGGGCCAAACUGGUGGACUACAUCAAGAACGACGACAAGAGUACAAAAGCAAAGGUGCGGGUAUUGCCCCAGCAGGCGACGCGACUGGGCUCAAAACCAGCACCGAGUAUCGGCAGCUACAGCUCCAGAGGCCCCUCCAGGAGCUGCCCGUCCGUGAUGAAGCCCGAUGUCAUGGCUCCGGGAACUCAAAUCUUGGCAUCGUGGCCCGGAGAUGUCCCCGUCUUCCAACUGAUCCAAUCCGGGCGAGACCUCUACAGUGACUUUAACAUCUUGUCGGGCACGUCGAUGGCCUGCCCCCACGCCGCCGGGGUGGCUGCCCUUCUAAAGGGCGCUCACCCGGAGUGGAGCCCCUCCGCCAUCCGCUCCGCAGUGAUGACCACCGCAGACACGCUCGACAACACCCAUCUCCCCAUCCGUGACCUCGGGUAUAUCUCCCGCCCUCCCGCCACUCCUCUAGCCAUGGGGUCCGGACAUAUCAACCCAAACAGGGCCCUCGACCCCGGGCUGGUAUACGACCUCACUUCACAGGACUACGUUAAUCUGUUGUGUGCCAUGAAUUUCACUCGCGAGCAGAUGGUGGCCGUCGUGCAGACGCCGUCUUACAACUGCUCAACCCCGUCGCUGGACCUCAACUACCCGUCCUUCAUAGCUUAUUUCAAACCAAAUAAUAAUAAUAAUGGCACAAAACCAACAAGAAGAAGGGUCAAAGAAUUUCAGAGGAUCGUAACUAACGUAGGAGGAGGAGGAGGAGACGGGAAGUCCGUCUACAGGGCAAAGCUAGCACCGAUGUCGUCUCCGGGCUUUAACGUCUCCGUCGUGCCCGACACGCUGGUUUUCAAUAAAAAGUACGAGAAACAGAGGUACAAGUUGAGGAUCGAAGCUCCGCACAUGGAUGGAUAUGAUGAUUAUUUGGUACAUGGGUCCCUCAGCUGGGUGGAAGAGAAGAAGGGCGGAGGGGUGCUUCAUGUCGUCACAAAGGGUUUUUCACCAACUCCGUAUGUAAUGGCGGCGUUGAUGGUUGAGAACUACGAAGGAAUAAUGGUGCGCGGCGGCGUGGACUCGCCGAAGGCGCCGGCUCCUUUUCUCACAAAGACAUUCCAGCUCGUCGACGACCCCACCACCGACCACGUCGUCUCUUGGGGAGAAGACGACGCCACCUUCGUCGUUUGGCGGCCGCCGGAGUUCGCACGUGACAUCCUCCCCAAACAUUUCAAGCACAACAACUUCUCCUCCUUCGUCCGACAGCUCAACACAUACGGCUUCAGGAAGAUAGUACCCGACAGAUGGGAGUUCGCCAACGACUUUUUCAGAAGAGGGGAGAAGCACCUGCUGUCCGAGAUCCACCGGAGAAAGACUUCUCUUCCGCCGCAAGCCGCCGUCGGCCACCACCACCUCAACUACCCCAUCCCUCCGCCGGCGUUCUUUGCCGGUUACCCAAACCGGCCAAGCAUUUCGCCGCCGUCGGACUCCUCGGAGAACCAACUGCCCACGACAACCCCGUCGCCGACGACGAACGGGAACGGGAGCAGUUUGUGCUGCGACUCGGCGGGUUUCUCCCCCGGCGAGUCGAUGACGGCGGCGCUGGCGGAGGACAACGAGAGGCUGAGGAGGAGCAACCACAUGCUGAUGUCGGAGCUAGCCCACAUGAGGAAUCUUUACAACGACAUUAUCUAUUUCGUCCAGAACCACGUGAAGCCCGUUGCUCCAAGCAACAACCUCUGUUCUUCUGACUUAUUCCAACCUCCGCCGCCGCCGCCGGGGACGGAGGCUCAAAUCAUCACCUUCCAUCAACAACCCCUGAACCGCCACCCCAAACGAGUAGUUGUUGGCAUUCAUAACCAGAUGAAUACCGCCGCCGGCGUCUGGGCGGCACCAACCGGAGAGGUGGUGGCGGAGGAGGGUGAGUUGGGAAGGACGAAGCUGUUUGGGGUCCCACUUGAGUCAAAGAAGAGAGUCAACUCCGAUGCGUUUGACCAUCGUCGUCGUCGUCAUCAUCCCAAUAAGGCUCAACGAGUAGCGGUCGUCUGGGGAAAAGACGAAGGCGAGUUGCGGUUGAGUCUUAAUUAAUUAGCCUCCUGAUCUUAGAUCGUCUUAACGUUCACUAAUUAAUCACCUUAAAUCCUGAUUAAGAAAGACCAAUGGCAAUC